GAGCCACUUCUAAUGUUGCGUGCACUUUGUAAAGCAUUUUCCUUAGAGAUUAGCUAGUGUUUUCUUCUUCAUGGUGACGCGCACACAGCAGCAACGUGCGCACAUGUCCUCGUCUGCGGACUCUGCUUCUUCGUCUUCGUCCUCGGUCCAACAUCAAAGGCGGGAUGAGGAGCCGGCAAAUCCAGCGCCUCCUGUGGCGUCUGCGUCGUCUCCUGCAGGUAGAGCCACGCGGAGUCCUGUGAUCCAACUCCCCCCGCAUGCUGCCGUGCCCACCACCGCGCUGCUUGAUGCUCGUCGGCACAAUUUCCGUGCAUCGAGGAAGGCGCUCGCACAGGCAGCGGUCACGAACGCGGACGGACACCGCGGACCGACAGGUGACGGUCCACGACCUUCACGCGGCGGGGCAUCGCUGACCACGGAGCUGCAAAGGUGUGACGGCAACACCGAAGGCCUCGCCGUGGCCUCGAGCGAGUCGUCUGCGUACACGACAAACUCAGCGCCAUCUUCCUCCUCCUCGUCCCCUUCCUCGACGCCGUCGCCCAGUGCAGUCGUACUGGACUCGUUGGUGCGGCGCUACCGCGCAACGGAGAGCCGUCUAGAUUGCUGGCGGCAUUCCGGCGGUGCCAACGGAGCAGCUGCAGCCACAGCAACCGCGGCAGCGUUGCGACAACACAUGCAACGGCAGCAACACCGUCACGUCCAAGAAGUAAGCGGAAGAGGAGGAGAAGGAGGGGGUGCAUCGUCGCCGUCGAGCACUCUCCGUCGUACCGCGAAAGCUGUAAUGAAUGGAGUGCUCGAGCGCAGUGCGGUGGUGCGCGCGGUGCAGUCGUGGUGGAAGCAGACAUGGGGAGGGCACGCAGCCGCCGCAGCUGGUAAGCGGCACGGCAGCAUUCGCAUGCAGCGAACUCGGCCCAUGGAGGGGCGGUGGAAAGGCGCCUCGGCGGGGCCUACGUCAUGGCUGGGACACGCCGGUCGUCACCUCCUCGGCCGACUCUCGAGUUCUCUGACGCUCUCCAGCGGCGGCGGGCAGACGUCUCGCGUUGAAAUCGUCAACACGACAUGCCGUCACCAUCGCCGCUCCACGUAUGGAGUCGAGGAAGACGUGGAGAACGGACGGAGCGGUAGCCGUGACAGCACAGAUGGCGACUUGGGGACUUCGUGGAGUGCAGACGGAGUCUCCCGUGGCGCGGGAACGGAAGCGACGCCGCUUCUUUAUCGUUCCGCAGCGGCACCGCUGAGCGGCAACACGCGGAUCUUUCCACAGUCUUCCUCGUCCUCCUCUUCCUCUAGCGACGACAGCAGCAGUAGUAGCAGCGACGACGACGCAGGACACCGCACCGACGGCGAGGAGAAGACUUCCCACAGCGUCAGCCCUCCGAUUCGGAGCGCCGCCCCUCCGGCCGCCUCGUCUGUGGCAGACGAUGGCAGCUUCACCCUGUCGUGGAUUCGCGGUCUGCGUCGUCGUGACGCGAAUAGCUCUUCCACUGCUACCGCCGCGUCUUCAUCGUCGGCACGAGCGGUGGAGGCCGCGGAGGAGUCCUUUCGAAGCGCAUCGCGGCUGCUGGCGAAGUCACGCGCGCGCUUCGCCCGUUGGUUGGCGCGACAGCGUCGUUUGCAGGCGGCGAGGCGUGCAGUUCUCGGUGAGCGGUGGCGGCACCGCUUUUCUCAGCGAGGAGACGGCGGCACUGAUGGAGCGCGCCGUAGCGCUGCGGCAGAGGCGUUGGAGCCGUUUCGCGCGUCGGCGGAAAAUGCAAGCGCGGGUGUUCAGAGCGUAGUCGAUGUUGCGCGUGUGAGGUCGGAGUUGGAGCGAACGCUGCUGGGGAGGACGCCUUCUUCAUGGGAGCUGGCGUUGCCGUGGGUCGCCUCCUCUGCUGCUACUGCUGCUGCUGGUGGGACAGGGACGGACCACGAUGACAAUACCGACGAGCCUACACAAGCGACGGAGCGUGCGUUGGUACGGGCCGCGCUGCAACGGGCGAUUGACACCGCGACAGCUUCACGACGGCUGCCGAACGAUCCGGUAGAAGACGGAAACAUGAAGAAGAAGGGGGCAGCUACAUCGCUGCAUGACGACGCCACAGAGACGACGCCUCUGUCUCGCACUGCGCAGCGUGGGCGCGCAAACGCGGAUGCGCUGGCGCAGCUUGCGGCAAGUGUGAGAGCCCUCGUAAGCCUUCGUGCUGGUGGGGGCAUCGGCGCUUCGGCGUUGUGGGGAGAGGAAAGUAAUGCGGCUGCGGGCCACUCCAACGUCUCCACAAGCGACACGCCCUCUAUCGUAUCCUCUCGCCAUCUCACUUAUCGGACGGAGACGAGAGCAGAGGGUGGCACCGCAGCCGAGCAGCUCCAGCAGCAGGAGGGAGGCCGCAACACGACCUCAGCGACGAUGACGAUGACUGCGACGGUGGACGAGUCGAAUGCGUUUCGCAGCCUUCUUUUGAACACCACCCACACGCCGCACGACGCCGCAGUGCGCUUGGCAUACGAAGAGAUCAUGCGUGAGGUCUGCAGCGCUCAGGUGCGGCGGGAGGUGGACGCGGUCGUCGGUGUGCGCCAAGGCGCGGCCGAUCGUGCGCUGUCGCAGUGGGUGGAGCGGCUGCUCCUGAGCGAGCUCGCCGACCUGCCCAGCCCACCACCGCAAGGUGUCUCCGCAGGAAUCCUCCAUACAAGCAGCACCGCGACGGCGCUUGCCUUCACGGGAAUCUUACAACACAUCCGCAGUCGUGUCCCUGUUUCCUUGUCCAGCCUUCGCCUCGACGAUGCCGAUCGUCGUGCGCUGACCUCCGUUUACGAGCGCCACGACAGCGACGUCACCGCCGCCGCCCUUCAAACCGGAGGUUACACCAUCACCUAUCGUCAACUCGCUUCCCUCAGCGCGGACACGUGGUUGAAUGACCAGGUGAUCAACAACUACCUGCAGCUGCUGUGCGAGGAUGCCGAGGACCGUCGACGACAGCAGUCGCAGCAGCAGCAGCUGAGACACUUCGAUGCGCAUUCGAAGUGGAUGACGGCGGCUCCGCACAGCAUUGCUUCGAUGGGCACUCACUUCUACGCCAAGGUGGAGCUGGAUCUGACCCUAAAUGCUGCCACUGGCGGUGUUGGUGGUGAUGGUGCAGAUCCGCUGCCACCUCUGGCAGCCAACUGCGCCACCUUACGAUGGCUGCGGCGCAGGCAGCACCUUCUCGAACCUUUCAACGCGGCAGAUCUGCAGUGCGUGCGGGCAGUGCUGAUUCCUGUGAACAUUGAGGCGCAGCACUGGGCCCUCGUCGCGUACUACCGCGAUCAGCGGCGAUGGGUGAUGUACGACUCCAUGAGCCGCGCCGAACGCGCACGCCAGCGGGGGCGUGUCAUUUUGGAACGUCUGUCGCACGUCUGGCGUGAGGGCCAGCGCCACUACGGCCUUCCAGUGGACGACUCCGCGGCCACCAACGCUGAUGUGAAGGAGAGCAACAAUUUGACUGUCGCGGCAGCGUACACGCCUUCGUCGACAGAGGAGGGGAGGAGUAGCGCCCCCGCAUCCGCCCGUCGCUCACCGCUUGAUUCUCUGCGACCCUACGGCUCCAUCGCGGAGCUGCACCGCGCUGCGAAACGGCUGCGACACCAAGAGGAGCAGCUAAACGAAAGAGCGAGGCAGACGGAAGAUGGGGAAGGCGAGUCAAUAAAGCUUCCGCGACGCGACCUCUUGUGUCUAGGUAAUGCAUCGCUGACCUCCGCCACUGUCUUGCCCUCGUCCAUGCUCACCGACACCGAGGUGGAGUGGUUCACAGACGGCUUUGCGCACAUACCACAACAACGCAACGGCUACGAUUGCGGUGUGUUUGUGUGUCAGGUGGCGUGGUGCGUGGCGCACGGCGUGGCCGUGAGUUUUACCCAGAGAGACGUCACGCUGCUGCGGCAGGUGAUGAUGCUGGAGCUGCUCAGCAAGAAGUUGCUGCGUCGGUAUCCAACGGAGCACACGUCAUCUUCCGCGGACGUUUGA